AUGUCGAGACAUAUUGCCUUCUGGCUUUCUUCACUCAUACUGGUAUUGUUCCUUUUCAUUGUCCUCAACUCGUGUAACUCAUGGAACGUGGUCACCCCAGACGCGUCGCUCGUGAUAUCUAUGGGUGCUGAUAUCGCAAGUUAUCCAAAGAGGAAUUGUGGAUGUCCCCGUAAAUCAAAUCACCCGAAUAUAUCACCAUCCUUUAAAGUUAGAGCCGGAAUUAAACUUCUAAACGCUGGUUUAUGUGCUUACUCCCUUGUACUCCUAGCUGGAGACGUCAGCCGAAACCCUGGACCUGCCAAUAUCUCUCAAGAUUCGCAGAAUUUUAGUGACAUUGGUUUUCCAAGUAACCGUGGACUUAAAAUUGCACAUCUAAAUGUAAGAAGCAUAACUAAUAAGAUAGAUUCACUGCGCCUUCUUUUUCUUAAUAAUCCUUUCGAUGUCCUGACCAUCUCCGAAACCUGGUUAACCAAAAACAUAUCUGAUCCUGAACUAAAUAUUCAAGGUUAUUCUUUUGUCAGAAAUGACCGUAAAAGCAAAAAAGGUGGUGGGUGCAUGAUUUAUAUUCGUGAUGGCUUACCCUAUCGAGCACGGCCUGACUUGCAAGAUGAGAACACAGAGUCUUGUGUCCUUGAACUCAAUCGGCCGAAAUGUAAAAACAUGCUCAUCUGGUCAAUCUAUCGAGUCCCUGAUGCACCAUUACCCAAUUUCAUCGAUACUUUAAAUUCAAAGAUCUCCUUACUUCCCCAGGACGUUGAACUAGUUUUACUCGGUGACUUUAACGUUGACGUCCUUGCCAAAAGAAAUACUUCUAGUCACAGCCUGAAACAAAAAAUUAAUCUUUUUGCUAGUACAAACAAUUUAAACCAACUCAUCGACACUCCAACGCGGAUAAACGAACUCUCCUCAACAGCAAUUGAUCUCUUGUUUGUUAAUAAUAAACAUCGCAUUGUAUCAAGUGGUGUGUUACCGGUACAUAUCAGCGACCACUCCCUCAUUUACUGUGUUGUCAAGGCUGGUGUAACAAAGAGUCCUGGCAGAACAAUCGAAUAUACUUCCUAUAAACAUUACUCUAAAGAAGCAUUUCUGGAUGAGCUCAGGAAUGUAGACUGGAAUAUUGUUGAUGAAAUCCCCGAUAUUAAUACGGCAGUAAGCUUUUGGAAUAAGCUGUUCUUAGAUGUUGCAGAACGUCAUGCCCCUACGAAACGAACUAGGAUAAAAUGUUGUCAUGUUCCUUGGAUGACAUCCAAGUUGAAAACAUCUAUGCAGGAACGCUACCGCUCUUUCCGUAAAGCUACCAAAUCUAAUUCUCCUUCUGACUGGUCCAAAUACAAAAGUUUGAAAUCCCACGUAAAUAGACAAGUAAAAAAGAGUAAAUCGGAAUACUACCUUAAUCUUAUUGAAAUCUCUAAAAAUAAUCCAAACACUCUCUGGAAACACCUCAAUGAAAUUACUUCACGUAAAUCGAGCUCGAACAUUAGCAUUUCAUGUAUUGAAGUCGAUGGAACUCCAUCUACCGAACCCAGGCAAAUCUCCGAAAUUCUCAAUAAUCAUUUUUCGACUAUUGGUUUAACACUCGUUAAUAAAUUUCGCACAGUUACGUCUACCAUCACCUCUGCCGUUUGUAAAGACCAUCUUGAAUCUGGCGUAAUGUUUGCUUUUGAUGUAAUCGAUGAGUGUUUUGUUAAAUCCAAACUAAAUAGUCUUAAAACAAACAAAGCGAUUGGUUUGGACAACAUCAGUGCCAGAUUGCUAAAGGACUCCGCUGACGUUAUCACAACAAGUUUGACUAAACUUUACAACCGCUCAUUAGCGCAACCUCCGUCUUCCCAGCUGUAUGGAAAUGUGGCAAAGUAACUGCAUUAUUCAAAUCCGGCGACCGCUGCAAUGCCAAUAAUUAUAGACCAAUAACUAUUCUACCAACUGCUAGCAAAAUACUUGAAAGAGCUGUUCAUAGUCAAGUCUAUAGCUAUCUACUUCGUGAAAAUAUCCUGACCCCGAAACAAUUUGGAUUCCGCCCAAAACUCUCCACGGCAAUUGCUCCCACCUACUUCACUGACAACAUUCUGGAUAAUUUAGACAAAGGUUCUAUCGCCGGUGCAGUUUUCUUAGAUCUUUCGAAGGCCUUCGACACGGUUAGUCACGAUCGUCUCAUACAGAAACUUGGUACUAUUGGUUUUUCAGAGCCAACAAUCAACUAGUUCUCUUCUUAUCUCUCUAAUCGUUUUCAAGUCACUUCUAUUGGCCUUGAACAGUCGUCCACUCAACCAGUACAUGUUGGAGUACCCCAAGGAAGUAUACUGGGUCCUUUACUGUUUCUCAUUUAUGUGAAUGAAAUUCCCUCCACUGUUAACAGCUGUGACAUUUCUCUGUAUGCAGAUGAUACCGUCCUGUUUUGCUCAGCUAAAACCACGAUUGAAUUGGAACAAAAGCUAAACUCUGACCUGCAGAACUUAUCUCGUUGGUUUGGUGCUAACCGUUUAACUAUUAACAGUUCUAAAUGA